AUGACGACCCUGCUGGAUCUGAAAAGUAGUGUUCUGAGGCAGGUGCAAAGGAGCCAGUCUCUAAGAGGCAGGAGGGAGUCGCCACCCUCUUCCAGCAGCCUGCACGCACACUGUCCUGACCUCUCACCUCGCAGGGUUUCUGAGGAGAGUGUUGAGUUCUUUGAGCGUAUGAAUGCUGUUCUGCAGAAGCAGGAGAAUUUGCUCCGGGCUGCACAUGCUGAGUGCCACAGAGGGGCCUGCACAGUGCCGCCACCCCAGGAGCAUGUGGACCAGGCCUUUAUCCCCGACAGAAUCAGUCGCACUGAGCUGGACCUGCUCUAUGAAGAAGCGAUAUACACUGUGGUCAACAGGGUGGGAGUACAUUCAGCAGAACAUGUCAAAAAUGACGAAGAGCUGUUUGCAUAUCUUCGCAAGGUGUUUGAUAUGGGAGAAGAAGAGCAUGAAAUAAUUCUUCAAAAAGUCCAAGAAUCCAAGACAGCCAGUUUUUUCUUACGAGUUUCUGUUAUGAAAGCAAAGAAUCUGAUGGCCAAGGAUGCAAAUGGGUACAGUGACCCCUACUGCAUGCUGGGAAUCCUGGUGGGCCAGAGUGCCAAAGAGAGCGAAGAGAAAAAGGAAAGAAAGUUCAGCUUCAGGAAGAGGAAGGAGAAGCUGGAGAAGCGCAGCAGCACCAAGGAGGUGUUACCUGCCAGGUGCAUCCAGGUCACCGACGUCAAACCGGAGACUCUCAAUCCAGUUUGGGAUGAGCACUUUGUCUUUGAAAUCGACGACGUCCACAAUGACCUCUUACAUCUCGACAUAUGGGAUCAUGAUGAUGACGUCUCUGUUGCUGAAGCUUGCAAAAAGCUCAAUGAAGUCAGCGGACUUCGAGGGAUGGGCAGGUAUUUUAAGCAGAUAGCGAAGUCAGUACGCGCCAAUGGAUCCGCAUCAUCGGGAUCUGAGGAGAAUGCAGACGACUUUCUCGGCUGUAUCAACAUCCCUUUGAGCGAGAUCCCUGUCGUUGGUUAUGACACAUGGUUCAAGCUGGAGCCUCGCUCGAGUGCAUCGAAAGUUCAAGGAGAGUGCCACUUGAUACUGAAGCUCUUCACCAGUCAGAGAGACACUACUUUGUCCAAGAAAGACUCAAAUGUCUCUAUUCACAAGAAACUGCUGAGUCAGAUUCUGGAAUAUGAGCAUACUAAUGUCAAGAGAGAGCCUUAUAACUGGAACGGUCAGGUUAGUCCUCCAGCAUGGACGGUGCUGACUCACCACGCUGUGCAAACUGAUCUCUCACCUCUGCAACAGGCCAUUAUCCGCUGGCAGGGCUACAGCAGCCACCAUCGGACCCAGAGGGUGUGCUAUUCCCUGCUGCUGCGCCUCCUGAGGACUAUCGAUGCAGAGUGGGACCCUCCCACUGUGAGGGGAGACCUGGAGAGGCAGCUGUCAGACAGCUUCAGGCUGUACACAGAGCACUGCCUGUGCCUGAUGAAGAACAUGCGUCAGGUUUUCCCCUGCACCAGCGCCGCUGCCAUUACACGCUACGAGCUUAUGCUGAGGGGUAUUGGCUACAUGCAAAACAUGCGGGCUUUUAAGACGGUAUGUCCUCUUCGAAAUGAGCUGCAUUUGGACAUCACCACUGCUCUCAAGAAGGGAACAGCAGAAUGGUACGAGAAUACAAUUGCACGAUAUAAGACGGAAGACGGGACUUUGGAGGAGCAGCUGAAGAAGCUGGUUCAGGUGGUGGAUGCUGUGAUUGCUGACAUACACAGAGCACAGAACAUCUACAACAAACUUUUCUACAGCACAGUCAAAGUCGAUUUCUUCAGCAUUUCCUACAGGCAGGUGGAGAAACUGGUUGCUGAUGAUGUCAAUGUUGCAAUGGAGCGGAUGUCUGGGACUCUGGAGCAGGAGAGCUCCAGACUGACACAGAUGACAGGAGAAAGCAUCUUUGAGCUCUUCAUGUCCUUGAAAAUACUGAAGGGCUUUCGGGAGUUUCUUCCGCUCAAGGAUGCUAAAAUGUUGGCCUUGACAGGCUAUCACAACUGGUUCAAGUUAUCGAUCCAUAAGUGGCUGCAGAUUGUCCAUGACAGAUCAUGUGACAGGAUUCAUAAAGCAGUGGAAGCAGACAUGUUUGAGCCGAUACAGCGCACCAAGCACAGCACCUCGGCAGUGGAAGUGACAGCAUGCUUCAGCCAGGUACGCGAGAUCUGGCUCCAGCUGGCCUGGCCAGACUCUGCGGGGGCCUUCAUCUUCGUCACUCGUUUGACAGACAAUUUCUGCAGUGAAGCUGUCUGUUACUCAGAGAUGAUCACACGCAAGAUGGAAAGGAACCAGCUGGGGCGAGACCACAAGAGCUUCACAGUGCAGCUCUGCAUCACCUUGAACAACACGGAGCACGUGCGGGUUUUCCUGACUCGCCUGCCCCAGGAGUUGGACUGGCCAGGCAUGGAGAGAGCCAUGGAGGAGUCCUGCGGUGCCGAAGGGAAGGAUCAGGUCUACAAAGCUCUGAACGGGCAGCUUUUCAACGUGGAUCAGGACCUGCAAAGGGAAGCCAAGCGCCUCAUGAGCUUGCUCACUGACAAGAUGAUGCCUGAGCUGCGGCGAUACAUCCAGCACAUUAGCCUUUCUCCGGACUCAAUCAACAAUGAUGAAGCUGUCUCUCCUCUUAUGAAGUACUUACAAGAUAACAUGGUCAUCCUCACUGACAUGCUCGUAAAGGAGAAUCUGACCAAAGUUCUUCAAAGCAUGUGGGAACUGCUCCUGCGGAUGAUCCUGGACAUGGUUACAGAAAACAGAGGAGUUCAGGUGGAGUUCUACAACCGCUUCCAGUACACGGUGGAGACCCUGUUACACUUUUUCCAUGUCAAAGGAGAAGGUCUGUCCCUGGAAGACAUGAAGAGUGGAGACUACAAGGGUCUGGAGGAGGAGCUCAAGCUCAAUAAAUGUUCAUCCUUUGAGCUGAUUGAACAGUACUAUCUGGAGAAGAUUUCCCAUCAGAAAACACUCAAACAUACCCGUUACGGCCGGAUCAGUGUGAAGUGCUACUACGAUGCCUCAGAGCAGAGACUGACCGUGGAGAUCCUGCAUGCAGCAGAUAUCAUACCUCUGGAUGCCAACGGGCUGAGCGAUCCGUUUGUCAUCGUGGAGCUCUGUCCUCACCACCUGUUCCCCAUGGCAAAGAGUCAGCGCACACAAGUCAAACUGAAGACACUGCACCCCGUAUUUGAUGAACUCUUUUACUUCCAUGUCAGUCCUGAGCAGUACAGACACAGGUUUGCCUGUUUGGCAUUCACUGUCAUGGACUAUGACUGGCUUUCCACCAAUGAUUUUGCCGGCGAAGCUGUGGCCCCGCUUAGCGACUUCUGCUGGCCAGGGAGACCAAACGCCUCAGCGACCGGCAAGAGUGUCCAGCCUGUCAUCCUCCAUCUGUCUCGCAGUAAACCCAGUGAGAAACCAAUCAUGAGAAUGCUGGAUGCGCGCAUUGGAGACAGAGAGGCUCAGGAGUUUGUCCGCAGGCUGAAAGAGAUUGAGAAAUCCAUGGAAGAAGAAUGAAGGCUGUCAGUGCUGCUGACUGUCAUGGUGUUUUCUGACCACAUCUCGCGACGUGCUUUUGUACUGGUACGAUGUUUACAAUGUUUGGUUUUUUUGUGUUAUUGUUUGUUCAGUAAUUAAACCAAAAUGAAAAGAAAAGUGAAGCAGCAUAAACUCGCCGUUUUCUAACUGGGAGAUUAAUGUCCUGUCACUGUGCAAGACUUUGCUGUCUCAGUUCAGAUAUACAGUGCAUCCGGAAAGCAUUCACUGCGCUGCACUUUUUCCACAUUUUUGUAUGUCACAGCCUUGUUCCAAAAUGGAUGAAAUUUA